CUCAAUGUUUCCGCACGAGCCAAAAUGAGUGCUGGACACUGUAGUGCUGGCUACAAGUUGCCGCUAGGUUUGAGCGUUUUUCGGUCUGAGUAUAUCCCAAUACAGUGUGGUAAGGCAGCGGUGCAAGACAGUUUCCCCAAUGUGUUUCGCGUCUGUUGCAGCUCUUAACCUAGCCUAAAUGUAAUGUAGAGGCAAAAGAGCCGUUUACUUGUCCUUUUUCCCGUAUUGAACAUGAGUAACGUCAGACGCACAAUGAAACGUGUUUACUCAGACUUGCCUGUCUGGGUUGUGGAAGACCACAACGAUGUAGUGCGUCACAUAUACCGUGCUAUUGGUUCAAGACACCUUCCAAUGAAAAAUGUGAAAAUGGUUCACCUGGACUCGCACCCAGACCUUUUAAUCGCCGUGAACAUGCCAGCGGAUACUGUGUUCGACAAAGACGCUUUGUUGAGUGAGCUGAGCAUCGAGAAUUGGAUUAUGCCGAUGGUGUAUGCUGGACAUAUAUCUCAUGUUGCCUGGCUACAUCCAUAUUGGGCCCAGCAGAUCAAAGAAGGAGAGCAUUCCAUGUUUGUAGGACGAGAUUCAUCCACAACUACGAUCAGACUUACCAGCACAGAUGACUACUUCCUGAGCGAUGCCCUGUACGUUCCAAAAGGUCAACUGGAAAACCCCAAGCCUCUCCACCUCAGCGUCAUCAAAGUGGACCCUGUUACGGACCCUACUUAUAAGCUUGAUCAUGACCGUGCGAGAAGAACUUCUACCAAGCAAUUAAAAACAGGUGACUGUAAGGAGGACAAGGACGUCUGUAACUCCUCAUCAGAUCCACAGGGGGACAGCAUUGUCCCUGAAAACAAAGCUCAAACACCAGAGCCCAGCGGCAAGAGUGGCGAUGGCUCAACAGAAGCAGUGGUGAACAGUCUCCUGUCAAUGAUUGGGCAGUCUGAUUCAUAUAUCCUUGAUAUUGACCUCGACUUUUUCUCAUGCAAGAAUCCUUUCAAGGAGAUUUAUACACAGGAAGAGUAUGUGCUUCUGCAGGAGCUCUAUGGUUUCCGAAAACUUGGCGCAGAUCUGAAUGAGGAGGAGCUCUGCGAGUGUGUGGACAGACGUACGCGUCAGCUGGAGGACCUGGAGGCGGCCUUCGCUGACCUGUUGGAGGACGACGGGCAGGAGACGGUGGAGCGCUGGGCUGCUAACCCCGGCUUUGCUCUCUCUGAUUUCAGAAUGGGCCCUUUGGUGCAACUCGUGAGUAGUCUGAAGAGCCGGAUGGAGUCCCCGGACUAUGAAAUGGUGCACCAGGCUGGGCAGACCUGCGACAUCUCCGAACUCCCCCACCACGUCAGCAGUGACCAGGAGAUCCAGCAGCUGCUGCUCGCCGUGGAGCUCUUCCUGAAGGGCCUACCCAAGCCCACUCUCGUCACCAUGUCCAGGUCCAGUUUGGACGACUACUGCCCGGCAGAGCAAGUGGACUCCAUUCAGAGUAGGAUGCUGGAGAUCCUGGAGCAGCUGUACGGCUCACUGGCCGUGUGUAAAGACUAUGAGUCCACAGCAGCAGCAGCAGCAGCCGCCGCCAGCGGCUCGUUACAAACCACUUGAGGGGAAGGCUCAUUUGUCACCUGUCUCUGGAGUUGUUUGGGCUUUUUUUUUUCGUCCCUUUCUCUGUCUUCUCACUUUCAGAGCCACAGACUUUUCUUGAAGAGUGAUCGUAGUUUGCUUUAAAAAAUGAGCCCUGAGAAGACGCGCGUGAUGUACACCACGAGUCAAGCAGGAGUAAUGAACAGUAGACUAGAGUUUGCAUCCGUGUGAAUAAACGGCCUGUCCACAAUUUU